GGCCCGGCCUCCCACAGCCUCCCGGCGGCCGCCGCCAUUUGGGCGGGGCGGGCAGCGAGCGGCGGGCACCAUGAUGGCGCAGCGGGCUCUGCCCAACCCCUACGCGGACUACGAUAAAUCCCUGGCCACCGGCUACUUCGAUGCCGCCGGGCGGCUGACGCCUGAGUUCACGCAGCGUCUGAACAACAAAAUAAGGGAGCUGCUCCAGCAGAUGGAAAGGGGCCUCAAGUGUGCUGACCCCCACGACUGCACAGCUUACACUGGCUGGACAGGCAUUGCCUUGCUGUACUUGCACCUCUAUGAUGUGUACGGAGACCCAGCCUACCUCCAGGUGGCCCAGGAGUACGUGAAGAAGAGCCUGAGCUGUCUGACGAAACGAUCCAUCACGUUCCUGUGUGGCGAUGCCGGGCCUCUGGCAGUGGCUGCUGUCGUCUACCACAAACUGCAGAACCAGAAGCAGUCAGAAGACUGCAUCACUCGUUUGCUCCACCUACACAAGGUUGACCCCCGAGUGCCAGACGAACUGCUGUAUGGCCGCAUGGGCUACCUCUAUGCACUGCUUUUUGUGAACAAGCACUUCGGAGAGGAAAAGAUCCCUCCAAGUCACAUCCAGCAGGUCUGCGAAGCAGUUGUGGCCUCUGGAGAGAGCUUGGCCAAAAGGAGGAAUUUUACCACUAAGAGCCCACUGAUGUAUGAGUGGUACCAGGAGUACUACGUCGGGGCAGCCCAUGGCUUGGCUGGCAUUUAUUACUAUCUCAUGCAGCCUGGCCUGGGAGUGAGCCAAGUAAAGCUGCACAAUGCAGUCAAACCCAGCGUGGAUUACGUCUGCCAGCUCAAGUUCCCAUCAGGAAAUUACCCUCCCUGCAUCGAUGAUACCAGAGACCUACUCGUCCACUGGUGCCAUGGGGCACCGGGUGUUAUCUACAUGCUUCUCCAGGCCUACAAGGUGUUUGGGGAGCAGCAGUACCUAAAUGAUGCCCUGCAGUGCGCAGAAGUGAUCUGGCAGUACGGGUUACUGAAGAAGGGCUACGGGCUCUGUCACGGGACGGCCGGCAAUGCCUAUGGUUUCCUAGCACUGUACAACCUCACUCAGAACAUGAAAUACUUGUACAGGGCCUGCAAGUUUGCCGAGUGGUGUUUAAGCUAUGGUCAACACGGGUGUCGGACUCCAGAUACGCCGUUCUCACUCUUUGAAGGAAUGGCUGGAACCAUUUACUUCCUUGCUGACCUGCUGGUGCCAACCAAGGCCAAGUUCCCGGCAUUUGAACUCUAAACCUGAGCUUGGCAGCUCCUUGCCUGAAUCCUUCUGCACUAGGAAGAGCAGUUCUGCGCUGCUUUCUCCUCCUUCCAAACUCAUCGUUGUUUACCUAACCGAACAUCCACCCAUCCCUCAGAGGGCACGCUAAGUUCUCUAAUAUUUCCAGUCGUCUCAUUGCGUUGUUUCAGUUUAAAACACAGAAUGCGGGGUUUGCUGGUGUCUCUUGAAAAUGUGGGGCUGCAGUCGGGAGCUGGGGGAAAAUGUACAGUAUUUUGUUGGCUACAAAGUUUUGCUAUUUUCUGUAUCCCAUUUUCUGGGAGAAAGAUUUAUAUUGAAUGUAACUUUGCCUAUUUAUUUUAUUUUUUUUUCUUUUGUGCUGAUGAAUAGUUGCAGGAUGUUUGCCUUUAGAAAACAAAAGAUGAAAUACUGAGACCAUUGCCCUGCAAUAUGCUUUUAAGUGUUUUCUUUCUGACCAUCCAUGGAGUAGGUAGUUUAGGAGCUGGGCUGCUCCAUAAGAAGUGAGUAUGACGGGCUGUGGAGUCUUUAUAUAUGUUUUUUUAAUGUCAGAUUGCAAGUGGCGCAGCUGGAACUGACAAGCCAAAGCUUUGUCCAAAAUUUACACCUGUGCUUUAUAGGCAAAGGCUAUUAUGUAUAGCUCCUUUGUGCAUUUUUUCCAGUGACAGACGAAUAAAUAAUCCACUAGUUUUUGUGCUUACUUGCUGUCUUGCAGAAGUCCAUUGAUCAUUUAAUGGAAAACUCCAAUUUAAGUAAGCUAAGACUGCUUGCUGCUGUGGUUGCUGCUGCUUAGCUUUGAAAACUUAUUUUGCAGUCCUUAUUUAAAACUGUAUGUGAAUAUUACAGGUGGCUGCCAGCAGCAGCAUAGGAAAAGAAAUGUAUUCCACUGAGUCCUGUCAGUGUUUAGCCUGUUGCCUGUGUAGCUGUUGUUUCAAGGCUUUCUUGUAAUAAGCUUUCCUGAACCUGGUUAAUUUGAGUCACUUGUUACUGCUUCCUGGAGUUCGGUAUGCAAAGUGUACCCAUCCAACUGGAAAAUCUGCCCUAGGUUAAGUAGGCUUGACCUGUCAGCACACCGUAUACUCGCAAGGGGUAAAUAUGCUUUCUUGUCCUAUGCUGAUGCUAUGCUAAUUUGCAGCAGUUGGGGACCUGACCCCUUCAAUCACUUUCUUAGCACCAAGCAUGACCCAAGUACUGCGCACAGGGGACCUUACUGACUCCACUUCAUUCCCUUGUGCUGUUUGAUGGCAGCUCCAUGGCCCACACAGGGGUGGACAUGGGUUUGAUCUUUCAAGGGUGCAGUUGGUGAGUGCCUGAGGGCACUGACAAGCAGGUGAGUGGCUGCAGGGUGGCGUGCAGCUACAGCAGUCCGAGCCCUCUCCAGCCAGCAUAGUGCACUUGUCCCGAGGACCACAGCUGACACGCUCACAGCUAGCUUGUGUCUGAAGGCAGGGCAGUCUCUUCUUUAACAGUGGAGUAGGCAGACCUGAAAGAACCUCCGCGAAGGGUUGUUGUAGCAAAGGGUAGAAAGCAUUCCCUGCAGGCUGCCUUCUUCAAAGCCCAGCCUUUUGCAGAGGAGGUGGUUUGUGCAGCCUGAUGUUGCAGCAGCACUGCGUCCCAGGGUUCAUACAUCAAUCAGGUAAAUCACCAGGGCUGGGACACAGCUGACAAAUGGAGCGCUGUUCAAUAAAACACUAAAAUGACCAAGCUUUGGGUUAUUUUACCCCCAACUUUGUGACAAGGAUUCAUUUCUGAAGAGAUCAAGAUAAGCCACAGCCACCACGCUGGUGAAUUUGCUGAAAUGUUCCCAGAUGCAUCCGUAAGCUGGACAGUGCCUGUGGGUUACAGAACACCUUCAGAAGGUAAAUGCUGCUGGGGCACUUCAGACAGUUUUGAGCCUGGUGUUGCAGCAGUCCAAAGCUGCUCUAUCACAGAUGCUUUCUUUUUCCAACAACCAUAGUUGCACAGACUGUGUAGUCAGAAGCAUACGCAUGUAACCAUCAACUAAGAACUACAAAUUACAUUACUUCAUUGUGCUGUUUUGGUUUAAAAACCUAGUGCUGCAUACUCCCAAGAAAUAAAUGAAAACCACACUUGAAGGUGCUGCCACCCAGCUCCAUUUUUGUUGCCAAUAAGAUGAAAAAUGUCCCAAAUGCUGCCAGCCAAACAGCAUCUGCAGGUGUGCAACCCCCACAAAACCCUGCUGUGGUUUCAGCUCUGAAGAAACGACAGCAGGCUCAGCGAUGUAUGAGGUGACAAAGGCAGGGACAGUGUGAGGGGACAAAUCUGUUACUGUUCCCCCUGCCCAUCUUUCUUUGAGCUCCCCUUCCCACACUCAGUUUGGGUACAGGGCAGGCUUGGGGCCCCAAAAAGCUGCUGCUGGAGAUGCAGCUACGUAGGGCAGAAAAUUACUGGCACAGAGCUUCUUUUACAUGAGUUACCCAGCCAGACUCCACUUUUCUCCAGCAUCCCCACCAUGGUAUCACCUAUCCCCUUCCCCUCUUUUUAUUUUUUUGUUUGUUUGUUUGUUUAAAGGGCACAACUUGGCCAAAUUUGAGUGGGGUUUUCUUACUGUAGCAACCAAGGGAAGGAAGCCCUGACCUGAAGGCCAGCACCCAGACCAAGCCCCCAAGAGUUAUAACACUAUCCCGUGCCUGAAGACAAAAUCAAGCAGAGUACAAGGUAGCAAACUGUAAAUGCAGGAGGGGAGAGCUGCCUGAACUGUGUGGCCGAGGCAAUGAGCUGGAGCCUUGCUCCUGGCAGGGGAGCGGGCUUGGAGACUGCCCUCAUCCAAGCCUGGGUGGAUGUGGAGGUGGCUUUGGAAAGGGUUUGUCCCCCCCAGCAGGUGGCAAUGCAGCCCGACUGCUGCUGCAAACUCCUGCUGUCACCUACCCACAGCCAGGGUGGCCCUGAGCCGGGGUGCUUCCUCAGCAUCCUCUGCGUUUACACACACACCAGUUCCUUCUGCCCUCCUCCCAGGAUGCCAGGAGCUGGCGAGUGUGUGCCAAUGCCCUACCUGGCUCCAGUUGCCUGGGGUUUGCACAGAAGCUUUGCACGCACUUAGCUUAAGGCAGCCGAGCCCAGCAGCUGGGCAGCCGCAUCCAUGGGGCUGCCAUGAGGAGGGCAGAGCCCUGCGAGGUUGCUGCAGCACCCCAAGGGCUCUGCCUCUCCACUGCAGCCACCUCUCUGUGCUUUCCAGGCAAGCACAAGCUUGCUGGAGCCACCCUGAGCCUCAGGAGCUCUCAGUAUGGAGGGGGGAGCAGGAUCUCCACAGCUAUACCCUGCCAGGGCCUGCCUGCUCAUCCCAGGGCUUCUCAUUUGACCUGAAGCUGCGAUAAUGCAACAAGCAGGAACAGAUUAAGUCUUUUCAUCAGGCAGCUCUUAAAACAGCUUGAACACACAGAGAUGUCUGAUCUGGGGCCAAUAGGGGCCAUGAAAAGGGUAAGUUACUCCUAGCUAGCCCCUCCUGAUUUGGCCGAGGAAGGCUGUGACCAAGAUUGUGCUCACAAAGAAGACACCACCACCCCGAAACGUCCAGCCAGAGCCUCCAGUAAGGAGUUCCUCUGAGGUAACUGAUUUUAAAAGCAACAGGAAUUCUUUUUAACAGGAUACAGGGGGUGUGUCCCCCCUCUAGUGGAGCAGGGUGUCAGGGCAUGGAGAAUCUGAGGGGUGCACAGCCCCUUCUCUCCUUUGCUACCAGGAAUGAACACUUCUCCAAGACUACAGCCUUAGAAAGAAAGAGAAGCCCAUCCAAAGCAGAAUUCCCAAAGAAAACCUUUUUACCCUGAUCUAAAUUUAAACCUCCAAUAACAUGACCUGAUCCAAGCACAAAGCAAGCUUCACAGUGACACGUAGCUUAAUGCAAAUAUCUGAUAGAUGCAACAAACUCUCCAGAUAUAAGAGGAAAUGUUGUGCUGGAUAGAACGGGCUAAUUCAGCAGGCUGCUAAACCACCAGGAAUAUUGCAGGAAACCUAGCAAGAAAGAAGAGGCUUGUAGUUCAGUUGCUAAAUCAUGCCUGAAAGAGCUAGGAUUCAGUUCACAGAGAGCCCUGGGAAAGUCACAGAAACCAAAAAGCCCAUGGGGAUGAGGUCGUAUUCGUACAGUGUGAGGAGUGAGAGGGAACUGAGAAAUGUGGAGACCCCUCAGAAGUGGUGCACAGCCUCAAAAUGAGGCUUGAAAAAACAUUGCUUCAUUGACUCCUCUCUUCCUGAAUGAAUCAAAAUAACACAUUUAAUACCUUCUGCUUUUUUUCUUUUUUUUUUUUUUUUUUUUGUAAUAUUUUUAUUUUUCUCUUUAUUACCUUUGCUUCUCUCAGUAGCAGUGAUGCUGUGGAAAAAUCAUCUCUGUGGGUCAGAUCUGGAGCCAGUGCCUGAGCAGAGCAAAGCCCAUGGCAUUAAGCUGGUUUAGGGCAGUUUAGGACCCAGCCCUUCUGCAACAGCUGAGCGUAGGAGUCAGGGGGAGUUUAAUUUACUUUGAAUGGUUGAUCACAUUUCAGUCCUACCUAAUAAACCUGUUUGUGCCUGACCUUAAAAGUAAGUCUUGUUAUAUUAAUUAAAGUAACCCAGUGACUAAGA